CUCUCUUUCUCGGCAAGAUGGCUUCUCCGGCCGUACCGGCUAAUGUCCCUCCUGCCACUGCAGCCGCAGCCCCGGCGCCGGUCGUCACCGCAGCCCCGGCUUCAGCCCCGACCCCAUCCACGCCAGCUCCGACACCGGCUGCGACUCCCGCUGCGUCCCCGGCGCCCGUCUCGUCUGAUCCUGCUGUAGCUGCGCCUGCAGCCCCGGGCCAGACCCCAGCCUCCGCGCCAGCCCCAGCGCAGACGCCGGCGCCUUCGCAGCCCGGGCCCGCCCUCCCGGGGCCUUUCCCGGGCGGCCGCGUGGUCAGGCUACACCCCGUCAUUUUGGCCUCGAUCGUGGACAGCUACGAACGCCGCAACGAGGGAGCUGCCCGAGUUAUUGGAACCCUGUUGGGAACUGUUGACAAGCACUCGGUAGAAGUCACCAACUGCUUUUCGGUGCCACACAAUGAGUCAGAAGAUGAAGUGGCUGUUGACAUGGAAUUUGCUAAGAAUAUGUAUGAAUUACAUAAAAAAGUCUCCCCAAAUGAGCUCAUCCUAGGCUGGUAUGCCACAGGCCAUGACAUCACAGAACACUCAGUGCUGAUCCAUGAGUACUACAGCAGGGAGGCCCCGAACCCCAUUCACCUCACGGUGGACACAGGUCUCCAGCAUGGGCGCAUGAGCAUCAAGGCCUAUGUCAGCACUUUAAUGGGUGUCCCUGGGAGGACCAUGGGAGUGAUGUUCACACCUCUCACAGUGAAGUACGCGUAUUAUGACACUGAACGCAUUGGAGUUGACCUCAUCAUGAAGACGUGUUUUAGCCCCAACCGGGUGAUUGGACUCUCAAGUGACUUACAACAAGUGGGAGGGGCCUCAGCUCGCAUCCAGGAUGCUCUAAGCACUGUAUUACAGUAUGCUGAGGAUGUGCUGUCUGGGAAAGUGUCUGCUGACAACACGGUGGGCCGCUUCUUGAUGAGCCUUGUCAACCAAGUACCCAAGAUAGUUCCUGAUGACUUUGAGACCAUGCUCAACAGCAACAUCAAUGACCUGCUGAUGGUGACCUACCUGGCCAAUCUCACCCAGUCACAGAUUGCCCUCAACGAGAAACUUGUAAACCUGUGAAUGAGCCCCAAGAGGCACUUGUGCUGGUCGAGGUUUUCACCACAGGGCUGAGACCGAAGUGGAGGCAAAGGGUUUCUUUGUGGUCUUGAGUCACGGUGACUCAGUCAGCUGCUUGUGACUCCAAAUAAACAUAGCUUACCUUUUGUAAAUGAACUUUAUCUGAUGCGAGUUUAUUGUCGGCCAGGAGAAAGAAGCAUGUUCCUGAACUCGCACGGAAGCCAGGGAGUGGGCACUGUGGGGAGAAGCUGGUUAUGUUGGCAUGACUCACCCACAGUGGCUGCUCCCACAGCCUAGGCUGCGGUAGUGUCACCCAGCCCCACACCAAGCAGCUUUUUCUUGGCACAGUGGUUUACAGUGAUACUUUUUUCUUCUUCUAACUUAGGAUAAUAGCAAAUGGAAUCUCC